CGGGUCAAGCUCUGCAAUGGGUCCGAUUAAGUACUCGGUCACCUCUUGAGUGCGAUCUUCUCUGGAGUACACGAUGAAAGGAAAUUCCUAAUAGGAAAUGGAUUGUAGGAUACUGAUCUACAAUCAUGGCGUAGAAUAUGGCACUUAAGAGAUCUUCAGCGCCUGAGCUGUUACUUUUAGCAGUUGGAUGUCUGCUGCUGUUGGAUAACUGCGUGUUGUGCCAGAGUCAUGGUAACUACAGCUUGGAUUAUAUCCAUAAAUCGAGCGAUACAUUUCAUAGAGAGAAGAGGAGAACUCAAACUCAAAAUGGCUUCUUCUUUCCUAUUGCCAUGUAUACUGUCAGACAUCAUAGACCAGCUACUGACAGAGGAAGGAACGUACGACCAGAAACCUGGGAAUACCGUGGUCAGUAUUUCUACGGUUAUCGACCGAAACCCAACAGCGGGCGCAGGCAAGCUGCUCGAUUACUGGCUGCUGGAUUGCCAUUACUUCUUGCUCCUCUUCUUAGCAUCAUCUUCUCGUUUCCGGUGGUUGUACCUGUUGGACAGACAAUGACGACGACAAUGCUCACUGGAUCGCCCCUUUCCAAUCCUUUCUUUAACAGACCUAGACCUCCUACAUGGGGACGUCGCAGGAAACGCAGAAGGGCAGACGCAGCUGAAGGUCCUCGGCCUGUGCCUCCAGAUAAAUCAACUAGAAUGAAGGAACUGGAAAUAGUAGCUAGUUAUUUGCAUCAGGUUGAUUAUAAUGAAAAACAGCAAUCCCGUGUGAUGGUUAAUUACCUACAAUGCAAUGGGUUGCUGAGUACAGAAGACCACUGCUUGGAAAGGCUGUCGUGUGAAUUCGGAGAUCCCGCCAACGAAAAUGCGCCAGAACUUGAGAGAACUGUAACGUCUAUCCUUUUAGGUCACAUGCUGAACAACGAAUUUAUACCAAAGCCAUUCAAGAGACGGCUUAAAGCAGCUGCCAUGCACGGAAGAACCAAUUCUGGAAAAUGCAACGAAUACUUCUGCCAUUAUGUUGACAAUAAUUGGGAUUAUACAUCAACAUACCCUCAACCUGUGACUGUAGCGCCUAAUGGUAUACCUCAAGUUGGGGUUUCAGGGUCUAAUCGUAUGCCUGAGUCAGGGGCUCCUAGAACUAAUCGUAUUCUUCAACCAAAGCCACCAGGAUGAUACUAAUUCGCGUUGCAUCGAUAUUCUAAAACUGGAUCUAUUUUAAUUUAAAAUGACUCAUUUUAAAAAACAACAGACCUGUGAAUAUCGUUUGCUCCACUGCAAAGGAACCUGUGGGAUGGCCAAAGCUACUAACUCUGCAGUUAUGCUAUCUUUUGUUUUCUUAAUUUAUUUUUUACCUGUUGUUUAGAUAAUAUGAAUUUUUUAAUUUUUUUCCUAUUUACAUAAUCCACAUUUUUUCAUUGGUUAUUUAACAGGAAAGAAUGGCAAAACUUUUAAAAUAGCAAAGCAAUAAUAAUUAGAUAUUAUCCUUGAUUUAAAUGAUAAGUGAGAAAAAUCUGAAAUGCAGAAAUAUUUUUUAAAAAUAAAAAAUUGUUUUCAAUGAAUUUUUGAUGUGUUUGAAAGGGUAAUCAUUCUAAUCGAAGUAAAUUUUUUUAAUACUAUUUAUUGUCUUCUAAUUGAAGUUUUAAUAAAAUGUUAAAUUUUACAUUAAUCACAAAAUAGCAUAUUCUUCUAUAACUAUUGGCUAGUGAAUUCAUUUUAAAGUGAGCAUUGCGUUUUUUUCUUUACGUGUUUAAUCUGCUCUAUUUCUAGUUAAUGUGGAUUUUUAUAUAUAAAUAUAUUUUAAUUUUAAUAAUUGAUUAAAAUAUAUGUAUGCAGUUUUAAAGAAAAAGGACGUAGUUAAAGAAAUUUAUUUGCUAGAUUGCUUUAAAAUUAGUUUAAACCAAUUUCAAGUUUUCCUAUAUAUUUUUACAGUUCAUUACUUUGUGAUAGAAAUAAGUAAUCUUUCAUAAUUUUUAAUUAAUUCGAAAAUUGCCAUUUAUGAGAGAUUAAAAAUGGGUAUUUAUAUUUUAUUUGUCACAGUUUAUUUAUAGCAA